GCGCUCGCACUCGAAACCGCUGAACGGCAGAAAACCCAGGCCUUUCUAGCUUCUGCUAUCCUGCUGCUGCCCCUCUUUCCCCCAAUCUGCAGGCUGCAGGCGCUGCUCCUUUCGCCCUCCGCUAGCGAGCGAAUCGCUGGCUCGACCCCGCGGCGGGAGGUAUCCCGCCUUCGAUCUGGUGCGCGCCCUCCUCGAACUCCCCCUCGCCCUCCUCAUCUGGCUUCCGCUUGGGUCCGGUCAGCGCCAAGCUGUGCGCUGGGCGAAACUUCCGGAAGCUUCAGGGUUUAUCCGGCAUUCCGCUUCCCGCGACGGCGGCGCGACCGGUUCACUGGCCAAUUCGUUGCUUCGUGGGGCUUUGGAGUUUGGAGCCAAUCUUGCCCCUUAAAGUGUCGGUGGCAGCGUUUUGUGAUCAUCAUGAGCUUUGUGUUCCGAGGGAGCAGGACCGACAUCGAGGCCGGUGGCUUCCCAGGGUUCGCUCCCGAGCGCCGCGCCAUGCGAAUUCAUGCAGGGAGCAGGCCGGUGAAUAGCAAUUCCUUGGCUUUUCUUCUAACUGUUCUUGUUUUGUUCAUGGUACUGAACUCGCACCAGAUCUCUCCCAAUCUUCUGCUUUGGCUUGUCUUGGGAGUCUUCCUAAUGGCCACGAGCCUCAGAAUGUAUGCCACGUGCCAGCAGCUUGCUCAUGCUGCAGCUGCCAACAGUUUUCUCGGCCACACUGAGCUGCGUGUGCAUGUACCGCCGUCCAUUACCCUUGCUACGAGAGGCCGGUUACAGAGCCUUAGACUUCAACUGGCUCUUCUUGAUCGUGAAUUUGACGAUUUAGAUUAUGACACUCUGAGAGCAUUGGAUGCUGACAAUAGCCCACAUGCUCCAUCUAUGAGUGAAGAAGAAAUAAAUUCUCUUCCUGUCUUCAAAUAUAAAGUUCAGGCACAACAGAGGCAUCCCCCUGCCCGAAAAAGUGAUGGGCCAUCUCAGCUAUCGGUUUCUUCAACUGGGUCCGGCAAUGAGGAAAAGCAGGAUGGUUUAAAAGCAGAUGGAACCAGCAAACCUUCAGAGGAUGAACUAACAUGUAGUGUUUGCUUAGAGCAAGUCACGGUGGGUGAUCUGUUGAGAAGCCUACCAUGCUUGCAUCAGUUUCACGUAAACUGCAUCGACCCAUGGCUGCGCCAACAGGGUACAUGCCCAAUCUGCAAGCACCAGGUGAGCGAUGGGUGGCAUGCUACAGGCAACGGUGAAGAGGAUGCUUCUUACAUGGUGUGAGUAGCUGACUAGGAGUAGGCCAUAGCUAACUACCAGUAGCUGCUAACUGAAUCCGUGGAACAUAGUUUUCGAGGUGACGGGUUGGACUGAUCUAGGGAUGUGAUCUAAUCCCUUUCUAUCCUAACAAAACCGCGUGUGGAAACAGUUGUCCAGUACGGUUCUUUUACAGGUAACGCUCAUUUCAAUCAUUCUCUGUAACGGGGCGUUUGGAUCCCUUCAUUUUAGAGGAAUUGGAAUUCACUCAAUAAAGUAACUUAUUUAGUUUGGAAUUUGACA